GGAAAUGACGAUCUGGACGACAUGAAGGCGCUGUAAACAGUGAAUAAACGCUUACAACUGGAUAAGCAUUCUUGUUCGCAUUUAAAUUUUACCAGCGUCUCCGAACAAUGAAUGAAUUGACUGUGAUACGCGCGUUAAUCGACUAUUCGACUUCAUUUAGGAAACCCUUCUCUGCUUCGCCGUCGAAGGUACACGUUCAGCGGACUACUCUUCUCUGCGGGACGCUGUCAGGACGACUUGUUGCCUGUGCUUUAAACAUGGAGCUAUAAAAUACCUGGAGAGAGCUUUCCGUUAGCAGCCCCAUUCAUCUCUAUGACUGUGCUCAGCUAGCGCAGGGUUACCAGGAAGCUAGCGAAAUGGAGGCUGCCAUCUUUGCUCCUAGGUGCUCAGUUCCGGGAUUGUGUGUCACGUGACUGCUCACUCGUCAAUGGGAAUUGGUGGUGUAGUUCCAGCAUCUACCAGCAGGUGCUAACAGGGACCUGCUAACCAGCCAAUUCCUGACCCCCAGGCUUUAACGCCUGCAGUGAGGAGAUCCUUGAUUCCUUGUGUGUUCCGGUGAAGUUUUCUCCACCUCGCCGUUGAGGACGCUUCGGUAAUGGGGUACUCGCUUCAGAGGCUCGCCAUCGAACAACGUGGCACUUCAGCGUGGCACCUACCCGCUUCCCAGCCCUCCGGACUCAUGGCAGAGUUGCAUAUUAUUGGACAGAUCAUUGGGGCCAACAGUUUCCCCCAGAACAGCCUCUUCUGCAAGUGGGGUGUACAUACAGGAGGAGCAUGGAGGCUUCUUUCUGGUCUAAAGGAAGGCCAGACUCAAGUGGACAUGCCUCAAAUAGGGAAUAUGGCAUACUGGAGCCAUCCCACUGAUUUGCACUAUACUGCUAAGGGCAUACAAGCUUCAUCUUCAAGUGUGGCAUCAGGACUCAUUUGGGCGAUGCCAGCUGUAUGGAUAUGGUUAUUGCCAUGUACCAUCAAGCCCAUGACAGCAUCAUCUGCAGUGUGUGUGACAUGGCGACCACUGGGAUCCUGGCAGGAUCAACUUUCUCAGAUUUUUGUUGGUGGAGGACCACAGCUGCGCUCUUCAGAUCUAAUUUACAGUGGGGCAGACAGAUACAGGCUCCACACGGUUGCAAUGGGCACAGUAGAACUAGAGCUGUGCAUCAUUCUGCGGCACUUUGACCAAUACGGUGUGGAGAGUUGAGAAUGGACUGCAGAUUGUUGCACAUUUCAGUGCAGAUCAAAGAUGUGUUAUGGAGUGGAAAGAAAGUUUUGUCUUAUUGGAUGGAUGAACUGACAUGGUGUUUGUGAUUUCAGAAUGUAAAGUUAUAGUGUAAAGGAUGUAAUGAUGAGUGGUGAAUUUGUAUGUUUGUUUGUGUAUUUUGGACAUCAAGCAUAUACUUUUUUUAUUUAUUUUUUUACACUUUUUGUACAAUUUGUUUAUUUUAUACAAAUGUAUGUUGUGGUUUUGUUUAUACAAAGGUUUUUGUUCAUCAAUUAAAUGUAAGUUUUCAGUGGUGGAUCAUUUCUGAAUCAUACAUUUUAAAUGGUUUCUCAUACAAUUGCCUGAUUAUUGGGUAUGGAACAAGAAAACAUUUCAACAGCCUUGCUAAAACAUUGCGAAUACAACCCCUGCCAGCGCAGAGCUUGUGCUUCUGUUUUAUGGUAUGUCGACAGUUUAUAAAACCACAUCCUAUUUACCUUAUUAGUACAUAGUUCUACUCUUUUUGUUUCACCUAUAUCUCGACACAUCUUUCUGUUAGUAUAAGUAGCAGGCUUUGUGUGUUUUGGAGAUAAUGAGAAUCAACACUUUGGUGGCCUGCAGAAGAUCUACAUGGUCGCUUUUUGCUCAUUUCCUGUGUGGAAUUUCUAACUGCUUUAAUGAGGCUAAAAAAAGACAACACGUAAUGGCUAAUGUUUGUCAUUAGAAUGCAUUGAUUGAUGAGUAAGAGAGAGAGGAACAGUAUUUCAAGGAGGAUUCAGAUUUGUUAUCAAGUUUAAAAGUAGGAUUCUCACUGUGGGAAUUUCAUUUGCAUUCUGUAAACAUGUGGAAGAUAUUCUAAUAGAUAGGCUCCAGCACUGCGAUUUGGCUGUUCCGUAUUAAAACAAUGAUUUUUAUUUUUAUUUUUUAAUUAUAUGCAUUCUUUGUUUAAUUAAGGAAAGAAUCAAUAACAUCUUGUUCAAUUAUUGUUUAAUUUAUCCAUCAACAUUGUAGGCAAUAAAGUUUUUUUUAUGAAUCAUAUGUUAUACAAAUAUAUGCUUAUUCAUAUUAUGUUGACAUUUUUUGUUAAGGGCAUAGCAAUUUCCAGCUGACUCCAGGCAUAUGAAAAUCAAUUUAAGUGAACCUUAACCCUUUGAGUCAUGUAUUGGCCACAAUGCUGGGUUAAAGCUGCAAGGGAAACUAGUACUACUUUGAUGCAAAGGAAGUGUUGUCUCAUUUGGUUAAACUGUGUUGCUUCCUUUUCCUCUUUUGUCAUUCCUUGAGCUGAGAGCAAAGCUUGAGUUUACCAAACAAGGGGAAGGCAGAACAAAAUAACAGAUAUUACUUUGAACCUCCAUUGUAAGGAAUUUUUGAGGUUAUGAAAUUGAAACCAUUUAAAUGUGACGCGUGGUAACUCGCGAGGACAUUUACUGUGUGGCUGAACCUUUGACUUCAAUGGUGAGUUUUUGAGAUCUCUUGAGGCUUUUGCGCCAGCAAGAUAGUAAUAUGGGCAGCAAAUCUUGGUGAUGUUUUGGUUCUGAUUCUGGCUCUUGGGUUCGAAGGCAGCACCGGCUUAUGGUGACAUUUCUGCAAAGCUAAAGUGAAGGCAGCUCUACAGCCCAGAAAAUCUUCUCUGUAAUUCCUUUAACCAUCCAUUGCCACUCUCGAAGUCUGAACAUAAAAUCCAGCAACUUCGACCAUGAGGGCAGAGAGUUUAUUACUGGCACUGCAAUGCCUGCUUGGAUUUGUGCAAUAUAGUGGAGCCUUAUCAACUUGCAAUCCUCUAGAUUUGGAACUAAUAAAGAGAAAGCGCAUUGAAGCCAUUCGAGGACAGAUUCUCAGCAAGUUGCGACUGCCUAAGGAACCAGAAGUGGAUGAAGAAGCAGAAAACAUUCCUGUAGAACUCAUAUCAGUCUACAACAGUACCUUGGAGCUAAGUGAAGAGCAGUCCGUGGAUCCUGUACAUAUGCCUGUAGAAGAAUCUACAGAGGCGGAAUACUAUGCAAAAGAAGUUCACAAAUUCACAAUGAAACAGAUGGAAGAGAACCCAGAAAAGCACUUAUGGUUCAACAUCACAGAGAUGAAGCUCACAUUGGAUCAGCGCAUGAUCACCCAGGCAGAGCUCCGUCUGCGCAUCAAGGAACCAAAUAUAGAUGGUUCCAAGCAGAGACUGGAGCUGUACCAGGGCACUGGGGACACGGCUCGCUACCUGGGAUCACACUUUGUUUCCAAUGAACUGGCCAACAAGUGGCUGUCCUUUGAUGUGACUAAGACCUUGAAGGACUUGCUGGAGAUGACAUCUACUUCUAAGAACCAAAGUGCCAACAAAGAGGAGGAACAAGGAUUUCAGGUGAAGUUGCACUGUGGUUGUGAUAAGCCAAAGUCGGAUUUUCAAUUCAAAAUAGCAGGUUUGUCUGGUAUAAGAGGUGAUCAGAAGGAACUAGCCAACCAUGUGCCAAGACCCCACAUUUUGGUGAUGUCACUUCCUGUUGAGCGCCACAGUCAUUUGAAAUCUCGCAGCAAACGGCAAGCUGAAACAGAUGGAGUUUGUUCUGAAAAGUCUGAUGGUUGCUGUGUAAGAAGCCUGUAUAUUGACUUUCGCAAAGACCUGGGCUGGAAGUGGAUACAUGAACCUUCUGGCUACUAUGCCAACUAUUGUACUGGCUCUUGCUCUUACUUCUGGACUUCAGAAAAUAAGUACUCACAGGUGCUUGCACUGUAUAGGCAUCAUAAUCCCGGUGCCUCGGCCCAACCAUGCUGUGUACCUCAGGUUCUAGAUCCACUGCCCAUUCUUUACUUUGUGGGGAGGCAACAUAAGGUAGAACAGUUGUCAAAUAUGAUUGUGAAGACCUGCAAGUGUUGCUGACUCUGAGUGCAUAAUUAUCAAGUGGUCCUGAUGAGCAAAGUCAAAAGAAGAACAUUUAUAACCUAUGAUAUUUUGGGUGAAGGAUGCAUUUGUGAAUAUUUCUUUGAGGAAAAUCAAGUUUCCUUGACAAAAAAUGUGUCAAUGUUGGCUCCGCCACCUUGUUUUUCCACUAUUUUGGAUUGUUUGAAAAAAAUUCAAAACGAACUCAUCCUAGGCCAUUCUCCAGAUCGGAAACCAGUGCAGAAAGAUUCAGCAGAGUCCCAAUAUGAAAAGUUAUCAAAGGAAUUUUUAACUUUUGAUUUAGCGUCAAACGGUACGCCAAAACAUACGUAAUGGCCGUGGCCACUUUUACUAAAACGGUUAUAACUCUUGAACGGAUUGAGAUAUUAUCACCAUAUUUGGUACACUUAUGUAUGGGUCAUUCUGAGGACACACACACAAAAAAUUGCAUGCCUCUGCCUCUUGGUGGCGCUAUAAUAAUUAAAAAACUAAAAAUUGAUAUCUUGAAAAACAUGGCCGCCAUCGACCAAUCAGCUUUUAGCAGCUAUUUGACAAGGUUGAUGAGGCGUAUUGAAAGGAAAGGUGGUAGGCAUAUUUGUCUCUUGGCCUGAGAGGUCUGUGCAAAAUUUGAAAAAAAUUGGCCACUGAGAAGCGCUAUCGUGUUUUAAAUGCGUGUAAAUCUAUGUAUAUACAGCUGUCUUUCACAAAGAAACGUAUUAUUCAUAUCAUAUGAUAGACCUUCUCUUUCUGAACAACAUUGCCUCAAGAACAAUUGGUGUGAAUCAAAUUGUUAAAUAUUUGAGAUUAUUUAGCAAAGCUACUUUUUUGAACUAGUCCUAGGCCGUUUGCCUGAUCGGAACCAAACCAGUGCAGAAACAUUCUUCGGAGUCCCAAUAUUAAUAAUUAAAUUUCGAUGCAUCAUCACAAAGUUACACCAAAACGUAUGUGGGGGUGUGGUCACUUUUACUAAAACAGUUAUAACUCUUGAACAGAAUUAGAUUUUAUCAUGUAUGGGGUCAUUCUGAAGACACACAACAUUUAUUUUUAUCUCUGCCUCUUGGUGACACUAUAAUAAUUAAAAAUCUAAAUAUGGCUCAAACUAUGGAACCGUUGGUCUGAUCGACUUUAAAUUUUGCAUUGUCUUUGUCUAAGGUGACAUCAGGUUCUAUGAGGACGGUUGCAUAUCUUUAAAAAAAUUGCAGCCAUCGACCAAUCAACUUUUAGCAGCUAUUUGAACUAGUCCUAGGCCUUUCACCUGAUCCGAACCAAAUCUGUGCAGAAAGGUUCUCUGGAGACCCAAUCUCAAUAAUUAUCAAAAAAAAGUUUGAACUUUCGAUUCACCAUUGCAACAGUACAUCAAAACGUACAAAGUGGGGGUGGCCACAUUUUCUUAAAUGGUUAAAACUCUUUAAGAGAAUGAGAUAUAACCAAAUUUAAAACACUUAUUUAGGAGGUCAGUCUGAGGACACAUAAAAAAAACUGGGUACCUCUGCCUCUCAGUGGUGCUAUAACAGUCAGAAAUUAAAAAAAUACAAUAUCUCUGUGCUACCUAACCUGAUGUUUCUGAAAAUUAAGGCACUUUAUCAUUGUUUUAGUUGCAAACAGACUGUCUGAUUAAUACUUAAUAUCGUUACAUACUGUAUGUACUUAAAGGAUCUUAAAGGCUUGAAUCGCGUUAAUCGCUGCUUGCAGCUAUAUUUUACACUUAAAUUUUUUUAACACUUUUUUGGAUUACUUUUUAUGAUGUGAAUAGCAAUCUACAUAUUGUGUACAUGUUGUCAUAAAAAUGAUUAUGGUCAUUAUUAUUAUUAUUAUUACUAUUUUUUUUAUCAAUCCCAAUGAAAGUGUUAUUUAGCUGAUGACUCUCAAAUUAUUACUAAAAGCACCAUGAUUAAUAAGUACACUCUGUAAUUCUAGGUUAACAAUAUGCAUUGCUUUAAUUAGUUGUUUUGUUACCUGCACUGAUUUCAUCUGUUAAAGGGAUAGUUCAGCCAAAAAUGUAAAUCCUCUCAUCAUUUACUCAUCCUUAUGCCAUCCUACAUGUGUAUGACUUUCUUUCUUUUGCUGAACAUGAACAAAGAUUUUUGGAAGAAUAUUUCAGCUCUGUAGGUCCUCACAAUGCAAGUGAAUGGGUACCAAAAUUUCAAAGCUCUAAAAUGCACAUAAAGGCAGCAUAAAAGUAAUCCAUAAGAAUCCAGUGGUUAAAUCUAUAUCUUCAGAAGCAACAUGAGAGGUGUGGAUGUGAAACAGAUAAAUAUUUAAGUCCUUUUUACUAUAAAUUCUCCUCCCUGCCCAGUAGGUGGCAAUAUGCACAAAGAAUGCAUAUCGCCAAAAACAAAAGAAGAAAAAUGUGAAAGUGGAGAUUGAUGGUAAAAAAGUGUGAAACAUUAUACUACGAUACAGACUGCCAAUGUCAUAAUAUGACUAUAUUAGUCCCCAAAUGUAGUUUUUUUGUUAUUUAAGACUAUGUUUAGUUGUCUGCAAAGUCAGUGGUCUUGCUGCACAACUGUGUUCUGUUUAAUGUUGACUCUUAUUAAAUUGUUCUACAGUCUCUAUUUGUUACAGAUGUUCAGGAAAGAAAACUUCCUGCCAGCCAAUUGUAUUAUGACUACACAGCUAGCAAGGCUUUUGUUGUCUAAUAUUAUUAAGGAAGUGAAUUAAAAGGUUAUAGUAAUUGUU